AUGUCUGGGGCUGCAAGGAACGUCACAUUCACCCCGCUGGCGGGGGACCGCUUGGAGUUGAAGCGCAGCCGCGAUGCGAUUCCGACGAGUCUCGUCAUCGACAACACAUGCCGUGUGUACAUCACGCAGAUCCCUCUUGAGCGCAUCGAGCGGGACGGCGCCAACGCCCUUCGCGCCGAGUUUGAGGCCUUCGGCCCGGUCGAGUCGUACAAGAUGUUCACGGAGAAGUCUGGUCGCUUCAUUGGGAGUGUGCUCUGCACAUACCGCAACCCUGCCGACGCCAGCAUGGCGGUGCAGAAGAUGGACGGCAUGGCGGUCGAUAGCAGCGUGCUGAAGGUGUCGCUGUCGCGCGACCACGGCGUCGUGCUGCUGCACCAGUCGGGUGGCAAAGGCCGGCGUGGCUUUGACAACGACGACGACGACGACGGCGAUGACGACGGUGACGGCAAGUGGAAGCACGACAGGUACCACGCCAUCAUCGCGGGGGCCGGUGACGACGAGGCGACGACGGGCACGCACGGCUACCGCCGCGGU